CCGAGGUAAUCAAGUGCAUUAUUCUUUGGAAAGCGCUUGAGUUUGUUAUGCAUCCAUAAAAUGGGCAACAAAUUCUAGUACUGGAAGCAAUGUAAACAAACUUUGGAAUGGACGGAUCUGAAACAGCUCCGAAUGACGAUUAUGAGCACCAAGAUGAGCUCGAAUACAUAUUGGAAUCUGUGCUAAUGCCCAGCGAUGACAGUGAAGAAUUCAAAUGUUUGGCGGACGACUACAAUUCCGUUCUUUUGAACCACUGCCCCUGCAUAGGAGCCUGCGAAAACAGCAAAGUCUGCCCACAUGGAGGUCAAUACGAGUUCACAGGAGAUGGCAGCGAAUUAAUUCUUCGUAAAUCCGCAAAUCCUGUCAUCGAGUGCAAUAACUUAUGCAAAUGCUGUAGAAACACCUGCUGCAAUCGUCUUGUGUACUUAGGCCCAAGAAAACAUUUGGAGAUAUUCGAUUCGCCUGCAUACGGAUCCAAAGGAUUACGGACUACUGUGAAAAUUCCAAAAGGAGGAUAUAUCUGCGAGUAUGCUGGAGAACUUUUAACGGUGCCCGAGGCAAAAAGACGCUUGCAGGCUAAUGAAAAACUCGGCCUGAUGAACUAUGUCCUGGUUCUUAAUGAAUACACUAGCGAUAAGAUGCAACAGGUGACCAUCGUGGACCCAUCAAGACGUGGAAACAUCGGACGCUACCUGAAUCACAGCUGCGAACCGAACUGCCAUAUAGCAGCUGUGCGAAUAGACUGUCCCAUACCAAAAAUAGGUAUUUUCGCAGCAAGGGAUAUUGCGGCCAUGGAGGAGUUAUGCUUUCAUUAUGGCGGAGAAGAGCAGUAUAAAAAGUUGACAGGUGGAAAGACUUGCCUUUGCGGUGCUUCCAAAUGCACGGGUUUCAUGCCAAAUACUAAAAUAGAGGGUUAAAUAAAUUAUUAUUAUUGUUUAUGUAAGUAAAAGUAA